AUGGAUCAAAAUACAAAGAACGAACCAAAUAGGUUUGACAUCACACUGAAGCUAGAGGAAACGGUUGAUGAAAUCAUGAAAAUGAAAACCGCGGGAAAUGUUGACGUCACCUCGACACUUUCACCUGUGUCACAGAAUGCAAAUGGCCGUAUAUGUUCCUUGAUAGGAUCUUUGCUUUUGACGCCUUCAGCUACAACGUUAUCGGACUCGACUUCGACUUCUGACUUAAUGGGUUCUCUGCAGCAUCUGACAGUCCAGACUACUCCAGUAACGGCCGCGGUGGAUGUAUGGACCGGGUCGGUAUCUUGUGUACAUACGGUUAACACCAGCACACUUAGAGGAGAGGGAACGCCUUGGCUGAGGGGAGGAAUCUUUACUGACAACAAUGAAUUACUUAUCACAGACUACUGUAACCGUAGACUAGUACUGUUUGAUGAUAAAUAUUCCUACACGAGAGAAUAUAAAGUUAACGGUCGCCCUACAGAUAUAGCACGUGGACGUACUGCUGAUGAGAUAUUUGUGGCUGUAGACAAGAAACAGAUACGGAGAUAUACACUACAGAAUGACCAGCUGUCCGUGAUCAACACGAUCAGUAGUCCCCCUAAUACCUGUGGUAUAGCAGUACAAGGGGACAACAUCCUGGUCGGUACUCCAGAUAGUGUGGAGGUUAUGUCUAUCGAUGGGAAGGUCACAAAGUCAAUAAAAAGGGGAGAAUAUAGCACAUACCUCGCAGUAUCUACAUAUAAGUCUACUGUAUACCACAGAGAUAACAAUGACGUAGUGUGUAGACGACUAGACAGUGACGCAGUAGUCUACAGGUACAGGGAUCCUGGUCUGAGAGAGCCUGUAGGUAUCGGACUAGACCAGUAUGACAAUAUGUAUGUUUGUGGUUACGGGUCCGGAAACGUUUACCUCGUUUCACCUGACGGGUCACGUGGGAGGGUAUUAUUGUCCAAGCUGUCCGGUAUCACCAGACCAUCCUGUAUAGUGGUCCAUCCAACCAAACAGGAGUUCGUGGUUACUUCUAACCAGGAAUCUACUACACUCAAGGUGUACAAAUUCACUGACGACAACAUAUGA